GAAAUGACAUUAGAUUUAGGUUUUGUGGAGAAAUGCGAAUCUUGGCAAUUAGAAAGCAAAUUUUUUCCAAGUAAAGUCGGUGGUAAACCAGCAUGGCUUGACUUAAAAAAUAUACCCGGAGAAAAAAUUCUUCAAUGUGAAUAUUGUAAAGAACCUUGUAUUUUUUUAUGUCAAAUUUAUGCACCGUACGAAGAUAGUGAAGAUGCUUUUCAUAGAACGAUCUUUGUCUUUAUGUGUAGAAACGUAGAAUGCUCGAAACUGAAUAAAAAUGGAAAUUUAAAAGUAUUUCGUUCUCAGUUACCAAGGUUAAAUGAAUUUUAUCCAUCUGAACCUCCUAUAGAACAGAGUGAUUGGAGAACUGAUAUUAGUGUAAAUAAGUGGGUAAAAACAUGUUAUAUUUGUGGAAUAUUAGCACCUAGCCAUUGUUCUAAAUGUAAAACUGCAAAUUAUUGUUGUCGUGCACAUCAAAUAUAUGAUUGGAAACAUGGACAUAAAGAGAUUUGUGGUAGCAAUAAAAAAAUAAUAAAGAAACCUGAAAUCUUGUUAACUGAAUAUGAAAUAGUGAUUGAAAGAGAAGAUAAAAAAGAUACAGAUGAUUCAAUUAAAGAAGGAAAAGAAGAGGAAGAAGAAGAAGAAGAAGAAGAAGAAGAAAUUAAAAAGUAUGAAGCAAUGGUUCAAAAAGGUGAAGCAGGAAUUUUUCAAAAUGAAGACAUGCCAAAUGAAUUGCUAAAUAUGGUUAAUGAAAAGGAAGAUAAAUUAUUUUCUACAUUUCUUUCAACUGUUGAUAAAUAUCCGCAUCAAAUAUUAAGAUAUGAUAGAGGUGGCAAUAUUUUAUACAUCUCAGGAGAAACCAAAAUUGAUGACAUACCAAGGUGUUCAGAAUGUAAUGGAGAGAGGCAAUUUGAGUUUCAGAUUAUGCCUCAAUUAUUGAACUUCUUAGAUCUUGGAAAUCCAUUAAAAUGUAUUGACUGGGGUAUUUUAGCAGUAUUUACUUGCAUAAAAUCAUGUGUACCUAAAAAUGGAUACAGCAAAGAAUAUAUAUGGAAACAAGACAUCACAGAAAAUGAUAGUAAUAAAAAAUGAGUAAAAUAUAAAUGCUUGUAAUACAUAAUUAAAAUGUAAAAAUAUUAAAAAGCUACAAAUA